AUAAAUUACAAUGAAAUUCCAAUUUUUUUGCAGUUCAUUCAAUGUGGUGUAAGGAAUAACAACCAAAAAAAAAAAGUUUUCAAAAUGGCUUGUUGGGAAGGAAAGAAAUACAAGUUGGAGAAAUCUGAAAAUUUCGAUGAAUACAUGAAAGCGCUCGGAGUUGGUGCGGUCAAGCGUAAAUUUGGUAACAGUAUGGUCCCAACUGUUUAUAUGGUCAAAAAUGGAGACGAAUAUGAGUUGACUUCAGCAUCCACAGUGAAAACCAGUGUAUUAAAGUUCAAGCCUGGAGUGGAAUUCGAAGAUGAAACCAUGGAUGGACGCAAAGUUAGGACUAUUUGCCGCUUCGAGACUCCCAACAAGCUGGUCCAGGAAGAAAAAGGCGACAAGCCCGGCACAAUCAUUCGCGAAUUCACGGACACUGAAUUGACUAUGACUUUAACCGUCGGUGAUGUAACCUCCGUGAGACAUUAUAAAGUAAUUUAAACUGUUACGUUUGACAACUAGACACCAUUUAAGUGAAAAUGAUUAUUCCUUACGUAAGAAUGAAUGACUCUGAUUAAGAGAAUUAAAAGCUUGUGACAAAUUUUUGAUAUAAAA